AUGGCGGCUGCGUUCCUUCGCGUGAACAUACUAAACGAUGGUUCUUGUCAACACGCGUCGUCCCCCUCGCUACACUCCAGCUUGGGUAUUAUGUGUCUCUCUAGACAGCCGCUUCUUACGUAUUUCUCAAGACUUGGAACAUUUUAUCCACGCAAGACUCACCGCCAUCUCCCUCAUCCCAUCCCCCGUCCAACUUCGAUCCAGAAACCUUCAGCAUUGCCUGUUCGUACGAACCUUAGCGACAUGUCAAAAACCGAAACUUCUCUAGUUAUCCGUCUGAGCGUGUUCCAACCAACGCUCAACGAAGGCGUCGACGCAUCUUUCGACUGGGAUAUUACCCAGGAUAUGGCCAGGCUGAAGCUCGGCGCCGUCGGUGACCUUAUAGAUGACAUCAGGGCCGACUGGGGAUUUCACCUCAGUCCAAGCUAG